AGCCCGGAAUCCUUCGAGUCCAAGGUCGAGGCCUACCAGCAUUCCCUUGGUAUCCACCCGCAGGACUUCAUUCCCAUUCAGUACGUGUCCGAACGCGACUACUGGGACGACGCGCUGCGGGCGCUCCCCUCGCUCCUUAUCCUACUCCCCGCCCUGUUCCUCGCCUACUCCUACACGCGGGGCGCGGGCGGCGGCCGGUCGGGCAGCUCCGGCAUGGGUGGGUUCGGCGGGGGCGGGGGGUUUGGGGGGUCGGCGCGAAACAUGUUCAACAUGGGCAAGGUGUUGGAAAAGGAAUAUCAAAUGUAAAAAUGUCUGGGUCUGGAAGAUUGCCAGGUUUGUCAUGCAUAUUUUGCAUGACUCCUGAUGUCUGUGAUGCAUGCCCUAGCGUCACAGAUUUUGUGAGGGCUUCCUGAUGCCUAUACCGCAUGACAAAUGCUCUUUCCGUGUAGCAAAACUUGGACUCUCUUUGCUGCUCAUGCAAUACAGAUUUUUAGAAUCCAAAAUCAGCAUGACCAGACCCAGACAUUUUUACAGUUGAUAAGGAAACCAAAUCCACGACAAAAUUCACGGACGUGGCGGGGUUGAGCCAGGCGAAGAUUGAGGUCACGGAAUUCGUGGACUUUCUGAAGAACCCGAAAAAAUACGAGCACCUCGGGGCCAAGAUACCGAAGGGCGGGCUGCUGGUCGGACCCCCCGGGACGGGGAAAACUUUGCUCGCGAAAGCGAUUGCGGGCGAAGCCGACAGGCCAUUUUUCGCCAUGAGCGGCUCCGACUUCAUUGAGAUGUUUGUCGGUGUGGGGCCCAGUCGCGUGCGCGACUUGUUUGCGCAAGGUACUUUUUGAUCUUGGUUGCUAUAGAAAUAAAUUGAUGUUGUAGUAUUCGCUGCGUGCUGUCCUCCCAUCUUACUUAUGGAAGUUCUUCCGGAACAUCAACCAUUUUUUGUGAAUUACCAAAAACACAACCAUUCACGACUAACCCACACAGCCCGCGAGAAAGCCCCCGCGAUUAUCUGGAUCGACGAAAUCGACGCGGUGGGUCGCAAGCGCAACAAGGGCGGGUGGGGCGGGGGAGGGAACGACGAGAGGGAAUCCACCCUGAAUCAGCUCUUGGUCGAGAUGGACGGAUUCAACCACAAGACCGGGGUCAUCGUGCUCGCGGGAACCAACCGCGCCGAUAUUCUGGACAACGCGCUGACCAGGGCGGGGCGCUUCGACCGGCACAUUUCGAUCGACAUUCCGGACAUCAAGGAGCGACAGGAAAUCUUCAUGGUCCAUUUGAAACCAUUGAAACUGACUGAGGGCAUGAGCCAGGAAGACGUCGCGCGACGGUUGGCAGCGCUCACGCCAGGGUUUUCUGGUACUUAGAGACAGACUAUGCUAUAGAUACGUUAGUUUGUGGUCACUUUAAGGAUUUGCUGUGAAAUUCGUCGCAUCUUUUGUGUGAAGAUCUCUCGUCUUGUGAUGCAAUUGCAAAGUAUACAAUCAUGUAAUCGUCGGACAUCAACAACAUUGUGCCCUUCGCACUUCUUUCUUUAAACCUAAAAUCAGGCGCCGACAUCGCGAACUUGUGCAACGAGUCCGCGAUUCUGGCGGCUCGGCGCAGUUCCGCCACCGUCGAGCAGGAAGAUUUCGAAACCGCGACGGAACGCACCCUGGGCGGGCACGCGAAGAGCAACGCCAUGAUGUCGCUGCAACAGAAGCGGGUAAUUGCCAAACACGAGUCCGGCCACGCGGUCACGGGCUGGUUCUUGGAAAACGCCGACCCGCUGCUGAAGGUUUCAAUUGUCCCACGGAGCAACGGGGCGCUGGGGUAGAUGAUUUGGAAAUUCGUUGCUGGAAUGAUAGAAUGAAUUUUAACAAUGCUACGACGAUCAUUUUUCACAGGAUGAAAAUUCAUUUUUGUUGACUACGAUGCCACUGGACACUUGUUCUGAUUCUCAAACCGUAUUCAGGUUCGCGCAAUACCUCCCCGACGACACACAGCUCCACAGCAAGGAAAGCCUGCUGGACCGCAUGGCGAUGACGCUGGGCGGGCGCGCCGCGGAGGAGCUUUUCAUCGGGUCCAUCACCACUGGCGCCAGCGACGACCUGAAAAAGGUCACCAACAUUGCCUACCGCAUGGUCACGCAGUUGGGAAUGAGCGAAAAGGUAUGUGCUAUAAAUAGUUUUCUCCUAGUUUUAGGUCUUGCAGUUGCUCUUCGUUGGUUCUUCGUGCCAUGAGAUGUGAUGAUUUUUUUGGGUUGAUCAAUUUUUCAGGACGAUCCUCAUCACCAGCUGUUACUUGCUAAAAACAUAAAAAUCAAAGCGAAGUACACGACUACAUCAGGUCGGCCUGUUCAAUUACCACGACAAUCAGAGCAGCGAGGGGAAUUUCACGAAGCCCUACAGCGAAGAGACUGCGCAGACGAUUGACGUGGAAGUGAAGAAAAUUGUCGACGCGCAGUACGACCGCGUGAAAACCCUGCUGAAGGAAAAGGAGCACCUCAUCCACGCCCUGUCCGAUAAGCUUUUCGAAAAGGAAACCUUGGUCUACCAAGACCUGGUCGAGGUGCUCGGGCCCAGGCCCGGCGGGUUGAAAGCCGGAUACGAGGAAUUUAUCACGGCAACCUCGCAAGCCAGCGAGGACAUAAAGAAGGCCAAGGCAUCUGCAGAGGCUGCCGCAGCGGCCUCCUCGGGUGGGGAUCCUGGCGCGUCAGGGGGAUCAUCUGGUGGGGAGAAAGAACUGAAGCCAGACCUGGAAAAAGAAGUCCUGAAAGAGGACCCCCCUCUCAGUGCGACGCCUAGUGGCGCAUAGAGGAAUUAUGGUGAUCUUCACUUCAGGAUAUGGAUCUUCAUCUUCACAACUUCAGCAUUGUGAUCUACAACUCUGGGAAAAAAUUUUAUCUACCUUCUUGAAACAAUGAAUCUGAUAUACCGUACAACUCGUUUAUUAGUCUGAAACCUGGCAACCUUGAUCGCACAGUAGUGCUUUCGCUUUUCGUUUUCUAUCUGGUAUAGCGUAUAAGAUUUUGUGGCAAAGAAAGUACUAAAUGUGCAGACAUAAUCGAGAUCAAAUUCUCGAAAUAACCAUACGUGUCGUCGUGAAGAUUGUAUGUAUUGAUAUGAUAAGUUGUACCCAAUAACAUAUCUGUGUGGAACUAGUUAGUCGAAGAUGUCUAACCGCAUUUUUUAGUCCACGUCUACCCCCUUUUUGCUCUUUUGAUUUCUGAAACUAUACCCACGACUACCCGACAGAUUGAUACGGCAUCUCGCUUCCCAAUCCCAAAUAAUGGCCCUGCGACUUUUAUCGUCGAUACAAGAUUAGUACGCUAAACACGCGACAACAUAAUGGCAGCGAUCUUUUCUUGGUUAGUACCUCCCGCACGAGGCCAAUGGGCGCGUUGAAACGCGCUGGCGCGUCGUAAACAGAAUUACUUCUGCGGAGUAGAUUUUUUUGGUUAAGGUCAAGGAAAAGCAGCCCUGCUUUCACCUAGUACCCCGUGUGACAGACCACAACUGGUGCGCACCAGCUCCCAUUAUCUAUCUAUCAGUGCGAAACGUAAACCCUACCCUUUGAUUUGCCAGUGAGAGGACGAUCAGCAUAAAGAAAGUAUCUAUCCGAAAAAACGAGCAGUAUAAGAAAGGCGACAACAAAAGCGACAAAG